AUGAAAAAUUUAAAUGAAGAGCAGGAAAAACUCAUCGAUAAUCAGAUUUCUUGGGGAAAUUUUUUCUAUAAUAAAAAAUUUCAAAUAAUUUUAGUGAUAAUAUUGUGUGCUCUGAUUGGCAUUGGAUCACCUUUUCUUUGGGGAGAAAUCUGGAAAAAGGGUGACCACAGGUGUGCUAUUGAAUCGGAUCUUAGAUACGAAUGUUUGCCAUUAAGUCCUAACAAAACCAAAAGUGAAGACCAAUGUAGAGAAGCGGGUUGUUGUUGGGAUACAACUGCCAGAGAUAACCAGAUUCAGUGUUUUAAUGUAUUAGUGACUAAUAAAGAUAAUAAAAAUACAAUUCCUGCUUAUACUGUCAUCGACAGCAGUGAUUCAAAAGCAAAACUUCGGGUUAAAAACAGUCCAAUAUAUCUGAAAAAUCAGACCGACUCUAAUGGCAAACAAACCAAUCAAUGGUUUCUCGGCGGACCAAUAGUUUAUGAGACACUGGAGGUUAAUAUUGAUUAUUAUAAGACUAAUCAUUUCAGUAUUAAAAUAUUCCCCGAAGAAGAUAAAAGAAAUUUUAAUUUUUAUCUUCCGGAAGGGCUUAACAACAUAAAGCCUAAUAAGUCAAUAACUGCUGACACCGUUAAUGCAAAGAUAUCAUUGGUGUCCAAAUUGAAUGACAAUUUUGUUUUGACAGUCAAACGUCGGGAUACAAACCAAAUUAUUUUCACAACCGGUGACUUCACACCAUUCAUAUACAGUGAAGGUCUUAUCGAAAUUACAAACCUAUUGCCCAACGAUCUAAUAUAUGGUUUGGGACAAUCACCCUCCAGAGGAUUCAAACAUAAUAUGACAUAUCCUGAACACUGGUCCAUAUUUAAUAAAUACAAUUUAAAUUUAACUGCGAAUCAGUCGAGUUGGUAUGGGUCGCACCCGUUUUACAUGGGAUGGACUAAUGAUAACAAACCCUAUGGCGUACUUUUGUUGAACUCAUUUCCUAUGGAAAUCAUAACAAAUUCGCGGCCAAGCCUUACAUUUAAGAUAGUUGGCGGACAUUUGAAUUUUCACUUUUUCAUUGGCGAUACACCACAAGACAUAUACACACAAUUACAUACAAUCAUCGGUCCGCCAGCGAUGCCUCCCUAUUGGGCGCUGGGAUUUCAUAUGUGUCGCACCCAAUGCUAUAACUUACAAACGGCUCAAAACAUUAAGAAUCAAAUGAUUGACAAAAACAUUCCCUACGACUCUGACUGCGGAAACGCCGCCACUUCUAUGCUUAUGUUCAGAGCCAACGGCUUUGAGGAGUUGACCAAAUUUUUUGAUGACAACGCCAACAAAAGUAUCAGCUCAUGGAUUGUAAUGGUUCCACAUAAAGCCAACUUCACCAACGAUUGCGAAAAACUUAGUGAUUCGGAUGAAUUUAUUGAAGGUGUUUGUAAAAAUUGGCAAAAAAAUGAUAAUAGCAUACCAUGGCUUCAGAUCAAGGAUAUCAAUGGUCAUAAAGAUAAACAUUUUGGUUCUUUCUAUGAUUGGUGUGCCGGCAAAAUGGAAAGUAAAAACAGUUCAGUGAAAUACCCGAGUUUUAUGGAGCCCUACCGUAUCGAUCAAAAUACUCUCGGAUUAAAAGUUAACGAUAAAGUAAAAGAAACCAUUGAUCAUGACUUGAAUGAAGUUAUGAAAUUGAAGGGCAAAAUUGAUGGCAUAUUUGCCGAUUACAAUACACCACUAGACCUCAAGUAUACCACUACUCAUAAUAUGAGCCAAUUGUGUCCAGUAUUUACACUCAACAAUCAGUGGAAUAAAUACUAUUAUUCACAACUAAACCAAUACUCUCCGUGUCUGGACGUCACUCACGGAGACAAAUAUACCAUUGAUUACACUACUGGCGGUAAAACUAAUAAUUAUACAUUAGAUCACUUGGCUUUGCACAACCUUUAUGGAUAUCAACAUACAUAUGCAAUCAAAGAGGUUUUGGCUAAUGACAAGACAAAACUCCAAAGAAAAUUAGUUAUGAGUUUAUCAACGUUUAUAGGCAGCGGUAGAUUAGGUGCACAUAUUGGCACUAAUAUGAAAGCCUCGUGGGAUAUGUUAGUCCAGUCAAACAUCCAGACACUGGAGUUCAGCUUAUAUGGCAUACCUUUAACUGGGUUUCCUGUUUGUGGUUUUAAAGGCGAUGCACCGGAUAAUGAACUGUGUCUUCGAUGGUAUCAAUUGGCAGCAUUGCAGCCAUUCAUGAUAUCUCAUAGAGAUUUUAAUGAACAUCUAACUGAUCCCAUAUCUUUGGCCAAAGAUGGAAAGUCACAGAUGAUAUUGGAUGCCAUCAAAAGCACAAUAGUUAUACGCUAUAGACUAUUGCCAUACUUUUAUACUAUGUUUUACUUAAACCAUAUCUCUGGAGAACCAGCUGUCAGACCAUUGUUUUAUGAGUUUUAUAACGACACCAAUACAUUCAAAAUUGACAAACAAUUUAUGUGGGGAAAAGCAUUGAUGGUGUCACCGGUGUUGGAGUCAAAACCCAAAAAUAUUAGUGCAUAUUUUCCACAAAAUAAAGACAAUACAGAAGUUUGGUAUGACUACUAUAAUGGUAGACGAAUUGUCACAAAGAAAGGUCAAACGGAAAAUCUAUCGGCCAUUGAAUAUCAUAUUAAUCUUCACGUGAGAGGCGGUCGUAUAAUCCCGACUCAAAAAGAGGGGCAAAACACUUAUAAAUCACGACAACAACCGUUCACAUUGAUUGUUGCGCUCAGUCUGAAUGGAUCGGCUGAAGGGGAACUGUAUGUCGAUAAUGAUGCCGAUAAACCUGACCACUCUGGUCAACCCGACGACUAUUUCAUAUCAAAAUUUUCAGUGAAAAAACUCGACACAACUCAUAAUAAUUCAUUUAUAAACUAUACAAUGAAUAUCGUGAAAACAAUUACUAAUCAAAAAGCGUUUACUUUUAAUUAUAAAGUAGAAGAAAUCAAAAUAUUUGGUGUCAUUGAUCCGCUAUUCCCUCUACAGUUCAAUCUCUUCAUUGAUGGUAAUCUAAAGCGUACUUAUGAUAACAAUAAACCAAAUCAAAGACACAUAACUUAUGAUACGACUACAGGUGUACUUUCUUUCAAAAACAUUACUGAUAUUGAUAUGUCAGCUAAAAGUAAUUACACACUCGCCUGGAGUUUUAAAAAAUAUUAA